AUGGCCUUAGCUCAAUCUUUAGCUUCUUUAUCCUUAGCUGUGUCUGGAGAAACCAGCAAUGCAUUGCCAACCAAAACCUUGGUAUUUAAACCAAAGACGGCUAAAUCAGCUACACCUGUUCCUGUGUUAGUCUUUGCACUUCAAUCUACUGUGACUCCUACCCCAACCAUUGCGAAAUCUGCCAACGUCAAAGAACCCAGAUUGGCCAAAGAUGACUUAGUUCAGGAGUUUUUCAAAACCUCAGCCAAGGAGGUCUCUAUUGCCAAUUUGUCUCAGGACGUGGCUGGAAAGAUCAAGAUCGUACUUGAUGAUAACAUACUUAAAGCAGCUGAAAAAGAUGAGACGUUAAAGUUGACUACUGAAACUGAAGCUGCUUGUUUACCUGCAAAAGCAGUUUUGGAAUUCUUAAAGUCUACAGGAAUUGAAGUUGUUGAGACUGAUUUUGCUGCAGAGCCAGUUGCCACUGUUCCUCCUAAAGAUAAGAAGCCAGCUCCUGCAAAGAAAGAAGAUGCCAAAAUUGAAGAUGCCAAAUUGAUUGGUAUCACUAUCGACAAGGAGAAAGAUUUUUCCAACUGGUACACUCAAGUUGUUGUGAAAAGUGAAAUGUUGGAUUACUAUGAUGUUUCCGGUUGUUAUAUCCUCAGACCAAACUCAUACGCUGUUUGGGAAACGAUUCAAGACUGGUUCAACCAGAAAAUUAGAACUUUGGGUGUCCAAAACGCAUAUUUCCCUAUGUUUGUUUCACAAAGAGUUUUGGAAAAGGAAAAAGAUCAUAUUGAAGGAUUUGCUCCUGAAGUUGCUUGGGUCACCAAGGCUGGUAGUUCCGAAUUGGAUGAGCACAUUGCCAUUAGACCAACAUCUGAGACAGUCAUGUACCCAUACUACGCCAAAUGGAUUAGGUCGCAUCGUGACUUGCCUUUGAAAUUGAACCAAUGGAACUCUGUUGUUCGUUGGGAGUUUAAGCAUCCUCAACCAUUUUUGAGAACUAGAGAAUUUUUAUGGCAAGAAGGACAUACUGCUCAUUUGACAAAAGAGUCUGCAGCAGAAGAAGUUUUGCAAAUCUUGGACUAUUAUGCUGCUAUAUACGAGGAGCUAUUGGCUGUUCCGGUUGUUAAAGGUAGAAAGACCGAAAACGAGAAAUUUGCUGGUGGUGACUAUACAACCACGGUUGAGGGUUUCAUUGCUGCAACUGGUAGAGGUAUACAAGGUGGUACUUCACAUCAUUUGGGCCAAAACUUUUCCAAAAUGUUCAACAUUUCCGUAGAAAAUCCAGAUGGAGCUGACAAGGAGCGUUUGUUUGCCUAUCAAAACUCUUGGGGAUUGUCUACGAGAGUCAUUGGUGUUAUGGUGAUGACUCAUUCUGAUAACAAGGGGUUGGUCUUGCCACCAAGAGUAGCCCAAACCCAAGCUGUUGUGAUCCCCGUGGGAAUCACAGCUAAAACAAGCGAUGAUCAAAGGAAACAAAUCAACAGCGGUGCAGAAGAGAUUGAACAAAGGUUGAAGAAAGCUGGUGUCAAGGUUACUGGAGACUACAGAGAUUCUUACAACCCAGGAUGGAAGUUUGCCGAUUGGGAAUUGAAAGGUGUUCCACUUCGAUUAGAAUUUGGACCAAAAGAUUUGGAAUCAAAACAAGUUACUGUUGUUAGAAGAAACGAUGGUAAGAAGUACACCGUCAAGUUGGACGAAUUGGAGAAGCGUAUUCCAGAGUUGCUAGAUGACAUGCAUAACGCAUUAUUAGAAAAGGCUAGGAAAGAUUUCGAUGAGCAUAGAGUGUUGGUGGAGGAUUGGAAAGAUUUUGUCCCCACUUUGAACAAGAAAAAUGUCAUUUUGGCCCCAUGGUGUGGUGAUGCUGACUGUGAAGAUGACAUCAAGGAUUCAUCGGCUAAGAACGAUGAUGGUGAAGAUGGUGAUGUCGAUGAAAAAGCACCAUCAAUGGGAGCCAAAUCGUUGUGUAUCCCAUUUGAGCAACCAAAUUUGAAGUCUGGCCAGAAAUGUGUCAAGUGUGAUAGAAAGGCUGUUACGUAUUGUAUGUUUGGUAGAUCUUAUUAG